AUGGUCAAUAUCGAGCAAGGGUUUACCGACCCCACCGACAUUAUCAAGACCUCGUUGCAGCUCGGAAAGCCCGUCAUCAUCGUCCAUUUUGCGUACCGUCUCAAUGUUUUCGGCUACGGAAUGUUCCAGGGUCGGACGAACUUUGGAUUCCACGAUCAAAGGCGGGCAAUUGAGUGGGUGCAGAAGCAUAUCUCGGGAUUUGGUGGUGAUCCUGAAAACAUUACUCUUGCCGGUGAGAGCGCUGGAGGCAUAGCCGUUCAUGCACACAUACAUGGACCCUGUCCCGUUCGCGGAAUCAAGAGAGCCGUUCUACAAUCGGGCUCCCUCUACCUCACGCCACCUGCGCCCGCUCCAGUGGGCCACGUGAUCAUGAAAGAGUUAGAAUUGAUCUGCCAAACGACGGAUCUCCAAACCCUGCCUUUGAGAGACCUUCUCACGGGGAUGGGGAAACUGGGUUUCAAGAAUUGGUGGCUUAAUCAGGAAGAUCGAAUCUUUUCUCAAGGCGCAGAAGACGCCGUGUGGCCGAUUACGGACACGGUCGGCCUCGAAUCGAUAGUGGUGGGAGACUGUCAGUGGGAGUCUCGCGGGUUCGAAGCAGGAAUCGCAGCCUUGGGUUUGAAUCGGCUGGAGGAGAUAUUCUCCCAGUACACCCCCAUUGGCGCCGCAGUGGCCCAGCUCUACAACAUUGACUUUCAGUCCAUGGAGAGCACCAAACCGCGAAUCGGAGCCUUCAUCAACGACCUCAAGUUCGCGUUCGCUAGCGACGCGUUAUCAUUGAUGGAGAACAAAGCGGGUAGACGGAGGUGCUAUCGGUAUAUUGUAGAUCAACCAAACCCCUGGAAUCCUUCAGCUGGAGCGCACCAUGCUGUCGAUCUCCUGCUCUUAUUUGGUGGGUACGAUUAUACCAACGACGAAGGCGCAGUGCAAGUGAGUCAGGAUAUGAGGAAAAGAUGGAUCCACUUCAUGUAUGGAGAUGAGCCGUGGGGAGGGAAUGACGUGUACGCGUUCGGUCCAGCUGGAAAAUCCGGCGCUAUUGGAAAGGAAGAGCUCGCCCGGAGACGUCGGGUCCAGUGUUUCGACGGAUUGCGGAAGAUCGGUUGGGCCAAUUGCCAGGCCCUCGCCACCAGACUGAUGAGUGCCCGGGGCAAAGUAGAAGAGGCGUACUUAUAA